UAAAUCACAUUUCGUAACAUGGACAUCGUGAGAGUAGAUGGGUUUAGAAAUAAAUAGGUGGUAAGACUUUGGGUUUACAGUGAAACAAAAAAAAAACCCUUAAAAUAGACGUGGAUCUACUGCAGUGGCGCCAAGUGGUGCUCUUCGAAACAAGGGGCCCACUCCUGCUCCCGAGAUUUCUCUCUCCAUUCUCAAAACCCUUAUUAAGAUCGAGCCACGGGCUGAUGAAGCAAAAAAAAAAAUCUCUCUAAUGGCGUUCCGAAUCCUCGCAAUCGCCGCUGCAUUCUUCGUCUCCGUUAGGGUUUCAUCAUCGGGAUCGGCGUCUCCAGCUGUCGUGUCUCGGAUCGCCUUCGGUUCCUGCGCUAAUCAGAGCGCUGAUCAGAAUCAAGUUCUUCUCUCAUGGGUUCUAGCCAUAAAGCUGAUUCAGCCUAUAUGGAAUGCCAUAAUUGAUUUUGAUCCCCAGCUUUUUAUUUGGUUGGGGGACAAUAUCUAUGGAGAUAAUCGACGUCCUUUUAGCAUUCUUGGGAAGGAGAGGACUAUUGGUCCUUGGAAAAAUGUGCCAAGAUUCUUCCCAUCGUCAGAGGAGCAGUUGAAGAAGAGCUAUGAGAUAGCGAAGAGCAAUCCAGGAUACUCUGCAUUAAGACGACGGAGUAAGGUUAUUGGAACAUGGGAUGAUCAUGAUUAUGGACUAAAUGAUGCAGGGAAGGAGUUUAGUGGGAAAGAUACAAGCCAAAGACUCCUCUUGGAUUUCUUAGAUGAAGCUGAAGAUAGCCCUCGGCGAAAACAAGCUGGUGUUUAUGCUUCCUAUUUAUUUGGACCCACUGGGAAGCAAAUAAAGCUGGAGGUGUGUAACAUGCUAGCAAUUACUCCGGAUAUGGCGUUGCAGGUUAUUCUCUUGGACACUAGAUACCAUAGGGAUCCAUUUUUCAGUGAUGGAAGUAUAUUGGGUGAGACACAAUGGGAGUGGUUACAACAGGAAUUAAGUGGUCCUGGAUCAGAGAUUACCAUUAUAGCAUCUUCUAUUCAGGUUAUAUCAAAUCUUUCUGCAUCAACUGGUCCAUAUUUCUAUGUGGAAUCUUGGGGACGUUUCCCCAAGGAGAGGAAGAGACUAUAUGAAUUGAUAGCUGAUAGUAAGAGAAAUGGAAUCUUAUUUAUCAGUGGUGAUGUUCACUUUGGAGAGAUUGCACGUUAUGACUGUGGUACUGAUUAUCCUUUGUAUGACAUAACGUCAAGUGGACUUACUCAGUCUGUCGAGAAUGCUGUGCCCCAGCCACUACCUUUCCUUAUUAGAGCUGCAGCAUGGUUGAUACCAUCUACUCUGAGAGUCUAUUCCCCAAAGUGCCGAUACAAAUCAUGCACAUAUGGCAAGCCAAACUUUGGAGUAAUUGAAAUAGAUUGGGAUGCAAGUCCACAAAGUAUCAAAAUCGAAGUGAGAGAUGUGAAUGGCAAUCCUGUUACUGGGGUAGAGCUCUUACUUUCUGAGUUGCAGUCAGGAUACACACACAAGACACUCUCAAGAGGAGUAUAUCAGAAGCAUUGUACCCUUGAAGUUGACCUUCCAUGGUUUCUCAGAUAUCGUCUUUCCUUUCUACUUUUUGGAGCUUUAAUAGGUGCAAUUGUUGUUUUGAUUCUGCUCACUGUCAUUAUGCUAUCACUAAGCAAGAGAUUUCUUAGGAAAUACAAGAUUGACUGAUUGAUGGGGACGGCUCCAUUUUAAACUCUAUGCUUCCCCUCGAAGGUGGCAUUUCAUAAUCUGUUACUUGCCUGAUCCAUGGAUGCUUGUUGAUGUGGUCUUAAAGAGCAUAUUUUGUUGCUAUAGAAGUAGUAGUUAAUCAUGCAGCUCCUGCUGAUCUCUCGUGCAAAUACUUGGUAUAAAUCUACUUUACGUGCAAAACCACCUUGAAGGACAGUUGAGAUUUUUUGACAGGCUUAUGUUGAGCUCUCCAUCAAGUGAAAGAGCAAAGUACAGGUGAUCUAUCACUAUCUUGGAUUAUUACGUGGAAGCUUAUAUCGGAUGCAAGGGAAUGCUAAAACUACUGGGAGCGUAGGCAAACUUCUAAUGGAAGUUGGAAAUCCUUACUUUUAUUUGUAAGCUUAUUGACACUGCCGAAAUUUUACACACUCUUCUUGUGCCACCUGCAAAAUUUCUUGCAAUGAGCCUGGAUGAUUAAGUUAUCUAAGAUUAGUAGGAUGCUGACUACGGAAUGUUCCUGUUUAGUUGUUCUUUAGAGAGGAUUUUGUUGUGUUUCCUAGUAAA